GUGAUUGGAGGGCUGUAGGAACCAGACGUGGUAUUAAGUGCCGUCCCGUCUGCUCCACUUCAGUACUGAGGAGAGUCCCGACUGGCUGCCAGAGUGUGUGAGUGUGUGAAAGAGAGAGAGAGAGAGUGAGUGUGUGUGUGUGCGUGCAUGCCAGGAUGAGACUUCCAUAGGCAUUUGAUUUGGACUUAUUUUCGCACUCCUCAGGACUGGAGUUUGCUUCAGAUCACAUCUGGACACGUUGACUUGGGGAUGUUGUUGUUUGCCGGCUGAUCCGCCUCAGCUGAUCUCUGCUUGAAGAGUCUGACCAGUGACCCUGAUAGACGGCUUAAAUCCCCCCCCCCCUCAUUUGGGUCACCGCCGAACCUGACAGCGGUGUCCUUGCCGGACCCGAUGUGGAAUUUGACCCCGACAGACCCCGACCUCGGAGAAGCCAUACACUGAGGCCGGACUGGGGGAAAGAAGGGUAAACGAGAACGAGGAGUGAGAAUAUCAGCAUAGAGAGUGCUUCGCCAGUAUGCCAGUGGAGACCCUGCGGCCCUCUGACGGUCGCCUGGCCGGGGCCCCCUUCACCUCCGCCAUGCCCUUCAGGAUCCUCACCAAGGGGCCCGACUACUUUCGGCGCCAGGCUGAGCCGGCUACCCGCAAGCUGAGCGCCGUGGAGCGUCUGGAGGCGGACAAGGCCAAGUACGUUAAGAGCCAGCAGGUGGCGCUGACGCGGCAGGCGCCGGUCAAGCCGCCGAUCAUCCGCAAGCCCCUUGUCCCCCCGGCCAUGAUUCUGCAGUGCCACAUGGGCACUCCCCCUGCCCGGAAAAGUCCGCGCUGCCCCACUAGCAUGGACAGCGGUGGCGUGAGGGAAGGACCGGGAGGGAGACGAGGACCGCCUCUCAAUUUGGAUAUUUUAAACAAUCUCAUCAACGACGUAUGUGACAGCCCACUGCCCUCCUCCCAGUCGUCGUCGUCCACCUCCCCCUCAUCCUCGUCCCCUUCCUCGGGCACCAAGAGCAUCGGCAGCAGCUUGUCAGCGGAGCACGAUAAGAACAGCCGACUCCUGAACAGUCUCAAACCGCGGAGCGCCGCCGCCGCCAACUCGACCACCUCGUCCUCCACGUCUUCCCCGCUCAACCCCAGCCAUAGACCUCCCCCUGUCCCGGCACGGGCGCCCCGCAUCCUCGUCCCAUCGGCCUACGUCCCUCCAAAUACGGUCACGGUACGCAGGGUAGACGUUCGACCACAUGCAGAAAUGAGGAAACCCCAGAGGCCCCAAUUCAGGCCCCGACAAAUUGCCCAAGGUCAAGUCACGCACACCCAGGUCCUCCCGCCACCUCCGCCAGCACCCAAGAACCCACCUCAAUCAAAAGCCACCACGCCGUCACCCCCUUCUUACCUGCCGCCCAGCCCCAUGCUGGUCCGUGCAGGUAUGAUGCCGCCUGCCUCGCCCGCUUUCACCCGCCUGUCCAACGCCAGCUCCAAGGGCUCCGCCCGCAAGCACCCGUCACUGCACCGCUCCAAGUCCGACCUGAGCGACCGCUAUUCCCGGGCCACAGCCGACCUAGAGCGCUUUUUCAACUACUGCGGGUUGGAUCCCGACGAGGUGGAGGGCAUGGGCGGAGUGGAGCGCUUCACCAGGGCCAACUCAGACAUUGUGUCCAUCUCCAAGCUCCGCAGCGUCAGCACGCCCAGCUCAGAGUGCGGGGACGAGGCCGAAAGAGGCCGGGAGGACUGCGAGGACGAUGAGGACGGGCCCGUCGGAGGCAACGAGCGCGUCCCCUACGGCAUCUCCGUCAUCGAGAGGAACGCUCGAGUCAUUAAGUGGCUCUACGGCAUCCGACAGGCACGAGACACUAACAGUGCUGUUUCGAACGUGUAGACUAAAACUCCACUUUUUGUUGUAUUUAUACGAAGAAGGGAAGUCAGUCGUUUCAUCGUUUGUGGCCUUAAGUCUGACAUUUUCAUGUCCUUCCGACGGAGACUCACGUUUUACAUUUGAAGACUUUUGAGGAAGUUGUAACAGGCCCUUCCUUUUUCACUUGAACAAUGUUACGUUGUAUCUGUAAGUUAGCAAUAAUAGACUGACGAGGGUGGUUCCUCAUACAAAGCAACGGUACUGGCUCUGUGUCAAUCUGCGUCUGAGCGUCGCAGAGAACCUCGCUAAUGCUGUGAAAGUCACAAAAAAAGCUUCCAUCAACAACAUAUUGUAUUUUUCAGUCACCUUUGGCUGCAAGACUGUUCAUCUACUCGUUUUCGUUGGCAUGCAAGUGUAUUUCUGUACAUUUGUCACUUUUUGUCACAAAGCACGCAUGUGCUAUGUACUUCGUUGCACCGACACUCAUGUUUCAAGUCAGUAAACAUCAAGAUACUAGCAGCUUUCAUUUGUGAGUGUGUGUGUGUCCGCUCAUUUUUUGGGAUUAGGCUGCGGGAUGAAUUGUGUUUACCUCGCAUGUCCCAGCACAAAGCUGCUAAAAUGAAUAACAAGUAGCAUGAAAAGAAACAACAGAUUUUCAUUUUCGCACUCAAAAUGGUUUGAUCAGGGAUGGGCUACAGAACAUCCGCGAGAGCUUUUUAUGCGGCGUGACAUGCAAUUGAAAAACAAACAAAACCUCAGAGGAACUGUUGUAAAAAAGCCCUGCAUCAUUUAAGCCACAAAUGUUGAUAAUACUGUCACAUACAAGAAACAAAUCCCCUUUUUUUUUUUUCCAUAAUCCCUCAGAGGACUUGAACUCACCCAUGUUAACGUUUUACUAAAGAAUUCAGUCAUGGAUUUAAAAAAAGUGUCUCAGGAAAUGUUUGGCUUACUAACACAAAUGGACCAAUAUUUAUUUGGAGAAUCUAUUUUAAUGUAGUCAACACUUGUGUACGGGACUUGAAUUCAAUCUGAAGUGCAAUCUAUUCAAAGUCCCCCCCCCGCAAUUAUGUUGAAAUGAAGACACACCCACACACGCGUACAAAUACACCGUGUGUGUGUGUGUGUGU